AUAAUAAUUAAAUUCAUCAAAAUUUAUCAAGAUAGGUUGAAUAAAUUCAUUGCUUGAUUCGUAGAAAUUUCAAUGAUGAUAAGUGCUUAAAACCAUAUAUGAACGAAUAGAAUGUCGAAUCAAUCAAUAGUAAAGAUUCUAAAAGUCAAUAAGAUGAUGACACUUUUCGCUCUGUUUAUUUCUUCUGCAGUGGUAAUAGCUGAUCCACUAAGAAGCAACCUCGACCUAAAAAAUAGUGCACGAAUAGUAGGCGGUAAUAAUGCAGAUAUUGAAGAUUUUCCAUACCAAGUAAAUUUUCUGCUCGAUAAACUUGACGAAUGUGGAGGUGCCAUCAUCUCAGAUAAAUGGGUACUGACUUCUGCUUCCUGUUUAGUUGAUAAUGGAGCAAUAAUUCGUGUGGGAAGUAAUUUAAAAAACAAAAGUGGUUCUCUUCACACAGUUGUUCAGGUGAUCCGACACGAAGACUGAAUCAUUUAAAAGUGGAUAUACAAUUAAUGAUAUUGCGCUCGUUGAAGUCGAUACACUAUUUGUAUUCGAUAAAACGCGUCAACCAGUACUAUUAUUUGACAAAGAUGAACAAGUUGACACUAACUCGUUUGGUAGUGUAGCAGGGUUUGGCUUGAUUGAAACUGAAGUUUAUCCUCAUAAUUUAUCAAGUAUUACUAUUCCAAUUCUACCUAAAUAUAAAUGUAAUGAGUUGUAUGAUAUACUACAUGGACUUCAUCAAGGUCAAUUUUGUGCGGGUUUCGAAGAAGGUGGACUCGGGUUUUGUGCUGGAGAUAUUGGCAGCCCCUUUGUUGUCAACGGACGAGCUGCAGGUUUGGCAACUAAUUUUUUCGGAUGCGGACUUCCACAAUAUCCGGGAAUUUUCACUAACAUUUCUCAUUAUCGAUCAUGGAUCGAUGGCAAAUUGUCGACUAAAUAAAAAAAAAAAAAUUAGAAUCGAUCAAUUCCACGAUGAUGUUCUCGAU